UUCGACGAGAAAUUGAUAUUAGUGGUAAAUUAAAUUCAAAACCUUGCUUAAGCAUUUUCUGUUGAUCGAUUUUUAUGCUCAGGGAAUCAUUUGUAUAUGACGCCGGAGCGACUGCCGCACAUUGAAUAUCUUUCGGUUACUCUAUUAUCUAGAGGUGCAUUCGUUUUUCGAAACCCAUCCUUGAGCCAUGUGAAAAAUAUCGUUUAUCUCCCAUUUUCGGACAGCAUAUGGAUUUGCAGUAUAACGUUGGUCGUAAUUGGCACUACGAUCAUCUUUAUCACUUAUAAAUUUUCGAAUGAUACAAGUCCAAGAAUAUUUUCGUCCGAUUUUUUGCUAUUUGCAAUUAGUGCGUUGUGUCAAAUGGAUGGAUUUUUAGUGCCGAGAAGAGCGUCUGCAAAAAUGGCCACGUAUGUGUUCUAUCUGUGUUUGAUAUUUGUCUACACGUCAUACACAGCCAAUAUAGUUGCUCUUUUACAAUCAACAUCAAAAAGCAUUCGAACCUUGGCUGAUUUGUUAAAUUCUAACAUUGAACUUGGAGUCGAAGAUAGUCCAUACUUAAAAUUUUUCUUCUCCGCCGAAACUGAGCCGAUACGGAAGAAAAUUUACGACACAAAAAUUGCGCCACAAAAUAAACCACCUGAUUGGGUAAAUGAUGGAUGUGGCCAGUCUCGUUUACUAGUUGUCAUUUGUAAAUUUUAUUUUUGGUUUUUGCUUUUGUCCUUCUUAUUUAGGAUUCGUGAGCAUGGCAUACAAGAAAUUGAAAAAGCACGACGAUACACAAGUCGACCGAUUUGUUCAAGUCAAUCACAAAAUUUCGAAAGUGUUGGCAUCAUCGAGUGCUAUGCAGCUUUUUUGGUACUUUGUUAUGGGAUUGCGGCCGCACUGGGAUUUUUAUGUCUUGAACACUUUUGGAAAAUAAAAACUUUAUUACUUCACAAAGAUAGUUAG